UGCCCUGAAGGAAAACUACACAACAGGAAGAGCAGCGGAGCAGAAGCCUGGCCGUCACAGCAGAGAUCUACUUACUUUUGGUGGAAUGGAGAGUAAAGACGGCAGCAACGGUGGGUAUGGACCGCACCCCCCUCCGUACAACCCUUACGACCAUGGGCAGAGUCCUUACACAGGGACAAACUAUCAGGUGGGGAAUGGGAACGUUGCAGUGGUCUCCCCUCCUGGCCCCUACGAUAACUCGGUCCAUCCUCAGGGCCUGGAUGGAGGCGAGCAGCAGUACGGUCAAGCUCCACCUGGCUACAGUCAGGGCUUAGAGGAUAGCAGCUUCAGUGACGCCGCCAUACGAAGAGGUUUCAUAAGGAAAGUCUACCUGACCUUGAUGCUUCAGCUGCUGGUGACUGUCGGGAUCAUCUGUGCCUUUCUUUACUGGGACGCUCUCAGGGAAUGGACAUGGGCCAACUACUGGUUCUCCUACGUCAUGAUGGCGACGGUGUUGGUGCUCAUCCUGGUCCUGUCCUGCUGUGACAACCUCCGUCGUCAAGUCCCCCUCAAUUUCAUCGCCCUGGGUCUGUUUACUGUGGCAGAGGGCCUGAUGCUGGGAUCUAUUUCAGCGUACUACAAUGCAGAUGCAGUUCUGUGGGCCGUGGGGGCCACAGCGCUGGUGUCCUUCUCCUUGACUGUGUUUGCUAUGCAGACAAAGUGGGACUUCACCGGACUAAAUGGGAGUCUGUGGGUGUUUGCCUGGACCCUGUUUUCGUUUGCAUUGCUUUGUGGGAUCCUCCGAUCGCAGUAUCUUUACAUCUUAUACGCCUGCCUGGGAACCCUGCUGUUUUCUUUAUACUUGGUGUUUGAUACCCAGCUUAUCCUGGGCGGGAAACACAGGAAGUAUGAAGUCUCUCCCGAGGAGUAUGUGUUCGCCGCUCUCAACCUCUAUUUGGACAUCGUGUCUCUGUUCCUGCUCCUGCUGCAGCUCAUCGGCCUCUGUCGCUGACACUGAGCCUGGCAGGCCUCCCAAAGGAACUCCUCCUGCUCACAAUAAAAAAUCCUCAAGUACGUCAUAUCCUUCUAGGAUGCAGAUUUACAAUCCUGUUUUCCAUCUGCUGCCUUAUUUAAAUAGGCAGGGAUGUCUGCGAUGCGUCCAAGAUACAGAUUUGUUUUACUUGUCUUGUGUCAGGGUUAAUGUUAUUAAACUGCAAUAUGUUAUGCAAAAUGUUUUUUCAGAGUGCUACAUUUGAGAAUUUAAAACCACACUAGCAUACAUGUAUACCUUUCAAUUGCAUGUGCCAAAUAUUUUUUUAUAUGAA